UCACAUUGAGAAAGAUGCCACAUACCGGUAAUGACAUUGCACAGAGCUACAUAGCUGUGCCAAUAUUUUAACGAAGUCUUGUAGAUUCUCUCGCUGAUCCUAGUUCCUUUCAGGCUCUACUUCAUUCAUAGCUUUGCACAUGUACUCAUGCUAGCUAGUCGUUGAUCAGAAGUGCACCUUACACCAGAAGUGUAUAUUUUAGACAGCAUUCUAUUGGGAUACGAUAGGCAUUCACGAUGAACCAUUAUCUUGUCUACUAUUCUGGAGUGGAGCAGAAUUUCCGUCUGCCUGAGUUUGAGUCCUUGUGUGACUUGAUGAAGGUCAGGUUUUCAGUUGUGAGUGGAAACCCAGAUAAGGAUCGUUACUUUGUUAUACACACUGAGGACAAGGAGAAUCUAUGCAAAGCAGUGGGACGCUCUAUGCUCAUACAUCAAGUAACAGAACUGUGGGGACAUGGUACAAAUUUGGAUGACCUGCGCUCGGCAUCGCGCGAGUAUUUGGACAAGACAAAGUUUGACAUUCCCACGGAGUCGUGGAAAUACAAUGUCAUUGCAAGUAACAAGCGUGGAAUGCCAAUAAGCAAACAAGUAGAGUACGUUGAGGAGUUUGGAAUCUCUUUUGAUGGACCAGUCAAUUUGUCAUCCCCACAACAUAUUCUAGACCUGUAUCUAGACUUUGGCGAAGCUAAGUCACCCGAGCGACCAGUCUACUACUAUUGUGGAAGACGAUUGUGCGACAGUGGCCGGGACAUACUACCGAGAUAUGACACCAAGGGCCGUGCGUUCAUUGGCAACACAGCUAUGUGUCCUCUCAUGGCUUUUCUCAUGGCAAACCAAGGACAGGUUGUAGAUGGUGCUCUGGUUCUUGAUCCGUUCGUAGGUAGUGGUGGACUAACUGUUGUGUGUGCUGAGUUUGGAGGUUACAGUCUGGGCAGUGAUAUCAACAUAACACUACUUCGCGGACGGGGCCGGUCUGUGCGAGGCUAUGGUUAUAGAAAAACGGAUGAGAAUUUCCGUGGUAGUUAUGAACAGUAUGGCACAUUAUCACGGUUUAUAGAUGUAAUAGCAAGUGAUCAGCACCGACCACCUUGGAGAAGUACUAUGUUAGUUGAUGCCAUUAUCACUGAUCCUCCAUAUGGUAUACGGGAAGCUACAAGGAAGAAGGGCUCAGAGCAACAGACAAUCAAAUACCAGACACCUGACUUGGUGGAGGAUCUGCUGGGAUUUGCAGCACAUCACUUACUCCCCGGUGGUCGGCUGGUAUACUUUCUACCAGUUAUCAUGGCUAGUUUUGAGCUGGAUGAUGUUCCAAAGCACCCGCAGUUCCGCUUCAUCAGCGCAUCACCGCAGUUAAUGCGUGCUGGUUUGGCUCGUGUUCUGGUCACCAUGGAGAAGCUUCGCCAAGAUCAGGUACCAGUGUCUGAUGACGUAUCCUGGAGAGAGCAAUGUCAAAACUUGGAGCCAGAUCUACGAGAUGAGUACUACAGCAAGCUAGAAGCAAGGAGUAAGGAAAGAAGAGAAUGCAGUCAAUCACCGGUUGAACACAAAGGAAAAGUAGAGGAGGAAACUAAAGAUGAGGGCGCUGCAAGAGCAGAAGCUCCAUAAAAUGCAGUCUCAUUCUAGUUGAGUGAACUAUAACUGAACUAUAACCAACAACUGUACUGGUCUUUCAACUCAUUCUGCCUUCAUACUGUCUAGACCAAUCUUGCAUGCAUACAUUGCAUGGCUAUGCAUGCAGUGCUCAUAUAUAAUGUGCUGCAGGGUGUGUGCUGGAAACCUCCCUGGGUCCUUCAUGUCAUUAUUUUACUUUAGUAGUAGCAGUAGCUGUUUGUAACUACCACAAAACACAUUGGAAUCUUUCUCUUUUCAUAUUAUUUCUGUGAGAAGGCUCAGUCCUGUCAGGCACUUGCAACAAUAUUGUGAAACCACCAUGCAUAUCCAGCAGAAUGGCGAUCUGAAGACCAAUGAUCAUCUAAACGUAUCCUCAUCAUAAUAAAUAUAUUAUACUUUAAAUUUGAACACAAAACAAGCCUAAAUUCAUAUAAUAAAUUAAUGAAACACAUGAUGUGUGAAUGAAA